AUGGCGUGCCCAGGACCACGAUCCGUUGUGUGCCCUUGGCUCGACAGUGUACCUGCAGACGAGCAUCCCCUAUGUUUUUCGCUGGGCAGCAAAAGUUUCAUUGUCCGAAGGAUGAAAGCAGCAGACUAUCCAGAUGUUCGCGCGCUGCUGCCGCUGGUGAGCCGUUGCCAGGAGCAGCUGCAGGAGCCGCAACUAUCGGAGGUACUUCGGUUGCCGACGUACGUGCCCUUCUGCUGCUUCGUUGCAGCUGGUGCUACGGAUGGUCCUGCAGCCGAAGGGUCUGCUGCUACAAACGGGGCAAACGGGUGUGCGCUAAAGGGAGUGGCUGAGGGGCGGCUCUGUGGGUUUUGCGAAGUUUACGUAAUGCCGCACUUGGGUCGCGCAGCAGACGGGCGGCUGGAGAGGGUCAUAGUUGAUCCUGAAUACCGGGGUCAGGGCAUAGGGACGGCGAUGUGCAAGGCGGUACUACAGUUCGCCAAAGAACAACUCGGAUUAGGGAGAAUAGACCUCACUGUCGAGAAAGAAAACGCACGGCACAUCUACACCAAGCUUGGAUUUGAACCCGUUCGCACCGAGACCCUCCGGCUCCAAAACUGA